CUACGUAACGUUUUUUAACACUCUCCCACACUGGAAACAAACAGCACCGAAUGAAAACAUGUUUGGCUUAUUUAAAUCGGUGUUUAAAUUGCAAUUUCUAUUUGUGAUAGUCGCAAUUCUGGCUGGAGUCUACCACACAGAGGUCAAGCAGUUCCUGCGACGAUAUACGGACAGCUAUUUGGACCAGGCCGGCGGCAGUGACGAAAUACCGGUGGCCUUUCAAACUGGUGACGAAGCUCUCUUUACGGCAGCCGAAUUGGAAACAUUUAAUGGUGAAGAGGGGCGCCCCCUCUACUUGGCCCUGCUUGGGUCGGUAUUCGAUGUGUCCCGCGGCAUUAAGCACUACGGCGCCGGCUGCAGCUACAACUUCUUCGUGGGCCGAGAUGCCUCCGUCUCUUUCAUAUCCGGGGAAUUCGAAAACUACGACCCGAAAGUGGCUGACGACGUUCUAACCUUGAAGCCAGAUGACCUUAUUGGCCUGGCUGGUUGGCGUGAUUUCUACCAGAAGGACUACAUAUACAAGGGCAAGCUGAUAGGACGUUUCUACAACGAAAAGGGUGACCUGACCGCUUAUCAUCACAAAUACCUGGCGCUUUUAGAACAAGCGCAGGAUGCUAAGAAGGAAGCAGAGGAGCUGAGGAAUCGGUAUCCCGGCUGCAACAUCGAGUGGAGUGAGGCGAAGGGCACGCGAGUGUGGUGCACCAACACCAGCGGCGACGGCAAAACGCGCUCCUCAUCGGGAUACCCUCGGAAGCUGUACAGUCGGGGAAACAAGAACUUCCAGUGCGCCUGCGUCCCAGAAUCGGAGCUGGAUGAGAUCAAUGCUGGAGAAAAGGCGGCCCACGGAGAUGUAAUGCUGAAGCCGUACGAUAACUGCCAACCCAGAGCCUUGGAGUGUUUCUAUAGAGUCUAGAAACUAGGUGUAAUUUUGUAUAUAGUUUACUUCAAUUUGUAGCAAAGGAAAAGACAAUUGUAUAAAAUAAUUUUCAAUUUGGAAUAUGUACUCGUAAGACCCUUACUAGUGAUGUGAGAUGUGUACAGCGUUCUUUACGUAGUAUGUUAAAAGCUUGCAGCUGUUACUUAACAGAUGUUACAUCUCGACAGCUGUUUAGCAAUAACAGAGUGCUGUUGAACGCACUGCUCACUUGUUUUGUUUACAAUUUUUGACAAAUAAAAGAUCUGCUAAUCUUGUAUUUAA